AUGAGUGCCGGGAUAGAGCUCCAUACAUCUCACCAUGAGCCACAUAACAACCUUCUUAAGAGAAAGAAGGUGCCACAUCUGUCUUCAGCAUCCAAGAGGAACAAGCAAGGGAUAGUAAAGACAGAAAUGGUGGACAUUGAGGAAACCAGCGAGGAGAUAGCCAAACAAUACAAGAAAUUCACAAGUGCGCCCAAAUAUGACCUCGACAGUGAAGAGCUUUUCUGUAUAUGUCGAAAGCCCGAUGAAGGAGAGUUGAUGAUUGCUUGUGAUGGGUGUGAAGAAUGGUUUCAUGCUAAAUGUAUGAAUGUUCGGCCCGAACUCUCCAACUUGAUUGCCAAGUACUACUGCAAAUUCUGCACAUGGAAAGGGGAAGGCACCACCUUAUGGAAACGCAAGUGUUGCCUCGAGCACUGUUAUAAUCCUAUUGCAGAGAGUUCCAAAUACUGCAGCGAAGAGCAUGGGAAGGAGUACAUGCAACAGUUGCUCUUCGAAAAUAGUAUGCUUGACCAGGGUGUCAUCAAGAAGGUAUUGACACACGUAGGCAGCGAUGUGAGUAAACUUCAUUCAUUGGGGGCGCAAUUCCCUGAACUUGAAGAGGUAAAGAGCUUCAAGCAAGAUGCCACCAGGAUAGAUCAGUUUCCUCGUGCGGUACGUGAGCAGGUAGAAUGCUUGCAGCAAAAGAUAAAAGAGGUCCAAGAAAAGAAACAGUUACAAAUGGAAGAGCUAGGACGUCUCCAAUCGAUGAAGGAGGAUGUAAGGGCUAUCAACGAGAAAUUGUCGGCGCUAAUAUUCCCUGAAGGCGAGGAUGAGAAGCAAGUCAAAGCCAAGUCCAAGAGAGGGAAACAAAAGAAGCGUGUCGAUUUAUGCUUGUGCAGCAAGGGCAAUAAUGGUCUCAUAGGGGAAUUUGCAGGCUCAAAGGAGUUGCUUGAGCAAAUUGCAGUCAAGGUUAAAAAGAGAAUGAACGAUGCAGAGGAGGAGGAGGUGGUGGAUGAGGAGGAAAAUGAGAACGAGAACGAGGGCAAGGAGCUUGACGAUCUCGAUUGGUUCCGAGACAUUUGCAUCAGAGACAGGAAAAAGUGUUAUCGCCACAAUGGCUGGUGGAACUUGUUUUACGAUAACGCAGAGAAACUAUCGGAGCAGCUUCAGGCCAGAGAGUUGGAUAUCGAGAGGCAGAUUGACGAAGUUUUACGAAACUAUUGUGUUGAACAGUAUAAUAAAUAG